UUUUUUUCCCACAGGGAGAAACCCUAGAGCGGGCGAGGAUCAGUGGAAGAGCGCAGGGCCAUUGCUCGAGAGGGGUAGGAGGCUUCGCUUCUCCUCAUUACGAAACUCCCCACCUUUUUCUUCUUCGUCUCUGGGGUUAAGCAUGGGGCUGCUAGAAAGGAGGCUUUUUUAUCUUCUCUCUUCAUCCUCUACUGCUCUCAAGAGCACCCUCUUCGCUUCCCCCUAUCACGUCGUCUUCAGUCUCCUUCGCUUCUCCACUGCUACAAGCCAAGACCCGUCUCCCAAAACCCCAUUCCAGGUGGAAUAUCUCAUCAAUUCGUGUGGGCUUUCGCCGGACAGAGCGGUGGAGGCAUCUAAAUACCUGGCCCACCUCAGAUCCCCUUCAAAGCCCACCUCUGUCGUUGGUUUCCUCAAGCAGUUCGGUUUUGGAGAUGAACAUAUCAGAAAGAUCGUAUCUUGGUAUCCCAAAGUACUCUGUGCUAGUGUGAACAAUACCCUCAAGCCAAGGAUAAAAGUGUUACAGGAAUUGAGAUUUUCUGACUGUGAGAUCGUUCAGCUGGUUUCGUCGAGCCCCUUAGCCCUUAUUUGUGGUGAACUGCAGCGCAGGAUCGAGUUCUGGAGGCCAUUGUUUGAGACCAAUAAGCAGCUACUGAAAGCUGUUGCGAGGAAUCAUCACCUUCUUAGCGCUAAUCUUGGUAAGAGGAUCAUGCCCAACAUACUCCUUCUAAGAGAUUGCGGCAUUUCUGACGAUCAGAUUGGGAAGAUGAUAUUAAAAAUUCCUUGGUUAAUCACUAGAAGCCUUCCUUCAGUGAAGUCCCUUAUCCAACGAGCCGAGGAAUUGGGAGUCCCCCGUGGUUCAGGAAUGUUCCUCACUGCCCUCCAUGCAGUUAGCAGCAGCAGCAGUACCAGAAUUAAAGCCAAGUUUAAGUUCCUGACGAGCCUGGGAUGGUCAGAAGCUGAUGUUGCCUUUGUGAUCAGCAAGGCCCCUUUCCUGUUGUAUCGUUCUGAGAAAGGCAUAUGUGACAAGAUGAAUUUCCUAAGGAAAGUUGGUUGUGGGCUCCAGUACGUGGCCCAUCGCCCAGGGCUUCUCACUUAUAGCUUGGAAGGGAGGAUGAUUCCCAGGUAUGGUGUCCUAAAGAAUCUAAAAGCAAAUGAGUUGCCCGAGGGAGACCUGGACUUUUAUUCUGCUGUUAUGAUUUCGGAGGAAAGCAUAUGUGACAAGAUGGAUUUCCUAAGAAAGGAAGUUGGUUGUGAGCUCCAGUACGUGGCCCAUCGCCCAGGGCUCCUCACUUAUAGCUUGGAAGGGAGGAUGAUUCCCAGGUAUGGUGUCCUAAAGAAUCUAAAAGCAAAUGAGUUGCCCGAGGGAGACCUGGACUUUUAUUCUGCUGUUAUGAUUUCAGAGGACAAGUUCCUAAAUAAGUUCGUUCUUCCUCAUAAGGAUAGAAUUCCGGGGCUAUAUGAAACUUAUGUUGCUUCUACUGCUGGAAAAGUUCCAAUUGAUUGCAAGUUUUGAGGAGAUUCAGUGAAGAAAGUAGAGUAUUUAUUUUUCAGAAUUGGUUUAUCAAUCUAUACAAUUUAAUAUCUUUUUCAUUGGUUCCCGUGCAUGUCGAUGGUGGAGCUAGGUGAUCUCAUGCUUCGCCAGAUGAGUUGAAUGAUUGUGAUGAUCAAGCCAAGAUGUAUCCGGUUCAUAACUAGUACAAAAUUCAAGUGAAUGCUGUCAUCCUAAGUAGUGCAAUUUUUGUUGCUUUGGGGCAUUAAGUUAUAUCCUGUGAAUGAGGAUUUGUUUAAAUGUGCAUGGAAAAAUUGAUUUUUCUUUCUUCAUAGUUUAUCUCAGCUUCGUUUUAUUGAUUUUGUAGUUAGCAAAUCAUGGACACAGGUUUCAUCACUAUCAUAUAUCUUCAAUCAAUUGAUUUAAAUUCAAGCAGUUUAAUAUCAUCUCCACGAGGUCUAAUCAAUUGAUUUAGUAUUUUCAGUUCAGGUAGUUCUUUGUGAAGCUCAUUUUGCUGUUUAUGCUGGGAAAGUUUCUAUUUGCUUGCAAAUCUUGAACAAAAACGAGGGAGAAUCUAUUGGGCUCCUUAUCUUUCUUUGGUUGAUUUAACCAUUCAUACAGUUUAACAUCAUUUUCACUUGUUUGGUGGCAUGCUUCUAUUAAUGAGUUUGAAAUGUCAUGAUGAUCCUAACAUCUUUGACUUCUUUUUUCUCAGGAACAAAAGACAUACAUCUUGUAAGAAGAGUGUGAUUUAUUAGCAAUGUGAAUGGGGGAUAAAAGAAGAAAAGCCUCUUCUUACUAUAGCCUCCUAGGAGACAUGGGGAUAACAUCUUACUAAAAGUUAUGUUUUGGUGUUCAACUCGUGUCCUAAAUCCACUAACUUUACUAUUAUUAUCCAACCACUCCAAUUACAGGUGAGAUAGUUUCUUAUUAAGAAAAGUAAGUUCAUCUAUUCUCAUGAUCUUUUGAGAUGAGACUAGGAAGUCUUGAUGGUUGCUUUUAUGGUUGAUCCUCUAAAAGGUAAUGAAAAUCUAGGGUGGUGCUAAGUAUAAUUUGAAUUUUCUUAGUUCAUAUUCUCAAGCUGUGGGAUUUUCUAUGGACGACAGUUUGACACCAUGUCUAUGAGCUAACUCAUCAUCAUUUGUUUUGGUGAUCAACACUGUGACUGCGGUUUGGUAUGUAUAUGGCUAUGUAGUUACUGAACUCAGUUAAAUCCAUUUAUUUGUGGAUGCCACUGGAUGUAGCUGCUUUUUUAGUCCGAACAUUUUAGCAAGAGGACUCUUAGGCUAUGUUCUUCAAUUCUCAUGUGUUUGAAUUUUCUCUGGCUUUUAUCUUUGCCAUGAACUUAGUCAAAUUAAUUCUCAUAUCAUGUCUAAGCAACUGUAAGUCAUGUCAUCUCCUAGAAAUAUAAUGUGCUUCAUGUCAUGUUACUUUUCCACAGGUAUGAUCUCAAUGACAAUGAGAAACUCUUAUCCAGUUCAGUGUAAUCAUGGCUGUCGCCUGAUUAGAGUGGGUGGCUGUCAAUCCCACAACACUCCCUUGCGCUGCACCCCCCGUCCCCGCACCCCCCCCC